GCGUUUCAGCAUAUUUCAUAUAUUACAGUUUAUUUUUAAGAAAAAAACAUGAAUAAUUUCAGUUCAGUUUAUGAAAGUGGUCAAGUUAACAACUGGGGCACAAGUUCUGUCCAUCAUAUUGAUAAUGUUUCUGAUAGUUUCAUGAGUAGUGAUAAAUAUGGAAAUUAUAUUAUCAUUCAUAAAAACGAAACAUCAAUUUUUCUUAGUAUAUUAGUAUUUUCUGUGUAUAUUAUCACUAUGUUAUCUUCUUUCAUUGGCAAUACAAUAGCAAUAUGUAUAUUUUUACGUAAACGUAAAAAGUUUGGCAUAAAAUAUCACACUACAAUAAAACCAUUUACCAGAAAUGAAAAACUGGUAGAUCCAAAUUCAGAAAAUUAUCUACAGUCAUUAAAGAAUCGUCAAGUUGAUGGAAAUUAUGGCACUUCAGCGAGUGAUUAUGAUCGCAAUAAUUUCUUGAAAAAGAACCUGGAUAAUUCAAUAGAAAAAGCACCGAAGCACUUACACCAUAUUAUGAGAAACACAUGCCAAAAGCAAACAUUUUAUACGAAUGGAGCAUUUAAUUAUUAUUUAGCCAGUUUAGGAAUAUCUGAUUUAUUCAUGGGCCUUUUUUGUAUUCCGUUUACAUUUACACAAAUUUAUUUACAUCACUGGCCAUUUCCUGAUUUAAUGUGUCCAAUUGUUGUUUAUGUACAAAUGGUUAUGGUUACAGCCUCGUCAUUAACCAAUACAGUUAUUAGUUUAAACCGAUUAUUUGGUAUAAUAAGUCCAUUUAGAUUUGAUCAUUGGCCUAGUAGACAUCAAAAAUCAUUGACUAUCUGCAUAAUAAUAAGUAUUUGGGCUAUUUCACUUAGCGGUAGUACAGUACAACUGUUUGCAACCAGAACACAAAUACAAGAACAAAAUAAAAAUCCAUUAGAGCAACAAGAAGGAUAUUUAACUGAUCGUAAACUAUGUCAGGAAUCAUGGGAUGGAGAUGACUAUAAGCGAUCAAUUUAUACAGUUGUACUUUUCUUAGUAAUCUACAUUAUCCCACUGGGAAUACAAACGUCAACCUAUGGAUAUAUUAGUUUUAGGUUAUGGAACCGCAAAACACCUGGUGAGUCAAUUAAAGGUGUAGAAGAUAUGCGGAUUAAAGAAAAGAAACGAAUCAUUAAAAUGUUGGCUUUCAUUGUCGCGAUGUUUGGUAUUUGUUGGCUUCCAUCACACUUAUUCUUCCUUCUACAAGAUUUUAGUCCAUUAUUUCGCGAUAUGCCUGAAAAUACAACGAGACUUGUGUAUGGUAUGUGCCACUGGAUAGCAAUGUCGAACAGCUUUGUCAAUCCAAUUAUUUAUCUAAUCAUGAGUAAAUCGUUUCGGACUGAUUUCAAACAAAUACUGAAGUGCAUAUUCCCCUGUUGGCAAUCACAUAAUUUAAAUUCUUGAACAUAUUCUCAAUGCGCUCGUUAUUUGGAAAAAAAAUGUAUUAUUUGCGUCAGUGGAAUCGAAGGAAUUAAGCAUCGCCUUAACUUUCUUGAUACAUCCAAUUUAAUUUAAGACAGGUUUGUUCAAACAAUGAAUCCCAAUGCAUUUGCCAAAACUUUAUUUCAAAUGAAGAUAAAAACAUGAUAUGUUUCUGUAAAUCAUUUUACUGAUGAUAUUGCUGACUAUUAAGUAUGCUUAUUACCAUUUUUUCUAUUAAAACUUUCAAGUUAUUACCAUAUAUUUUACAUUAAUAUAUGGAGAUAAAUUGGUACAUCCGAA